UUGUUAUGACUAUGUUGCAAUCUGCAGCUUGAGGAGAGGAAUCUGAGCUAGCUUUUCAUCUAGCAGCAAAGCAACAGCAGGUGAACCAGCAACGACCCAGGGUUCUGGGAGGACUCACAGGGCCUGUACUGAAGCACUGCUCCAUGGCUACAGUACCUGUCCCAGCCAGAUUAAAGCUCAUUCGGGUCUGAAUACUGUACCUGUAGUAUGGAGGUGUUCUCAGGAGGCAGCCUCAAAGGGCUUGGACAAGAGAGAGAGGGGAAAUGACUUGCCCAAAGUCAUGCAGCAUGUGACUGAGCCAAGCACAGAGCCCAGCUCAGCUGGUUCUGAAGGCCAAUUGCUACCACCUGGCCUGCUCUGCCUCUUUACAAGCUGACUGGAGAAAUGGGGUGGGGCAGGUAGCCGCACUGCUCCAGGACCACAUCCCAGAACAACCUGUCACUCAGCCAGCUACAAUCCCUCCUUUGCUAGCCACUUGCUCUGAGUGAGGACUGAAAUACUGCGUGCCUUUUUGGCAAGCUGUCUACCUCCCACUUGUGAGUCCAGCUAGCUGCCUGGUUAGCAAGUAUCAAGCGACAUUGAGAAUUCGAGAUGUGGGCACAAUGGUGUUCUCAAAGCAACAGGAAAACACAAAGCAGAGCUCAGCUGGCACAAGAAGUUUUGCAUGGCUUCCACCUAAAGUCACCCCAGCAAUACAUUUGGAGAAGCAAUGCAGUGUGAUCAGAUUGUUUGUAAGUGGCAGAGAGUGGGGCUUCGUUUGAAGCUGGGUGGAGUUUUGACGUGACAGCUGUGGAGGAGAAAAGCUGGAGAGCUGCUAGAGAGGACUGGGCUGGCUUUGAGGGAGAAGGAAGAAAGAAAUGAUUUCAGAGAUCUUGAGGGCAUGAUGCUUAAUGCCAUCCAUCAGGCUGAUAGCUGGAUUACACCUGUGUUGAUCAGAUUUGCUGCCCCUUCACUCAUAACCUCGGUGUGGUCUAUGGAUCUCAUGAAAUACUGCCAAAGCAGGCCUUCCAAUGGGGAUGAAGGACAAAGCUCUACACAGCUCAACAGGCAAAUAACACCAAUGGAUUGUUCUAUCCUGAAGGAUUUUCGGUACAUGGGAUUAUAUGACAAAUGUUCUUACACCUCCCGUGACCGAGGAUGGGUCCUGGGGAUUAACACCGUCAGUGACCAGGGGAAUAGAGACCCCCGCUAUUUCUUCUCGCUGAAGACGGACCGUGCUCGCAAAGUCACCACCAUUGCCACUCAUCGCAGCUAUCUUCCCAACCAGUGGGUGCAUCUGGCUGCCACAUACGAUGGGCACCUGAUGAAACUCUAUGUGAACGGAGCCCAGGUGGCCACGAGUGGGGAGCAGGUGGGCACCAUCUUCAGCCUUCUGACUUUGAAGUGUAAAGUGCUCAUGAUUGGAGGAAAUGCCCUGAAUCAGAACUAUCGGGGUUACAUAGAACAUUUCAAUCUCUGGAGGACGGCCCGGUCCCAGAAGGAGAUCUUGUUUGACAUGGGCCAGGUGAUUCAUGAACUAGACACCCCUCUACCUCAGCUAGUUCUUCAGGAGAGUUUACUGAAUGUGAAAAACACCUGGUCUCCCAUGAAGGAUGGCAGCAGUCCUCAGAUCGAAUUCAACUAUCACCAUGGCUAUUUGUUGGAUACCAGUCUGGACCCUCCUCUUUGCGGGCAGACAGUCUGCGACAACGUGGAGGUGAUUGCCAGCUACAACAAGCUCCCCCGCUUCCGCCACAACAAGGUGGUGCGCUACCGAGUGGUGAACCUCUAUGACGACGUGUACCAGAACCCCACCGUCAGCCGACAGCAGAUCGAGUUCCAGCACCAGCAGCUGAAUGAGGCCUUCAGCCGCUACAACAUCACCUGGGAGCUGGAAGUCCUGGACGUGAGGAACUCGUCCCUCCGCCGCCGCCUCAUCCUGGCUAACUGCGACAUCAGCAAGAUCGGAGACGAGAACUGUGACCCUGAGUGCAACCACACGCUGACUGGGUAUGAUGGAGGGGACUGCCGGCACGUGCGUCAUGCCCUGUUCCACAAGAAGAAGCAGAAUGGUGUGUGCGACAUGGAUUGUAACUAUGAGAGGUACAACUUUGAUGGUGGGGAAUGCUGUAACCCGGAGAUAACUGAUGUAACCAAGACAUGUUUUGAACCAGAUUCUCCUUACAGAGCAUACUUGGAUGUCAACGAACUGAAGAACAUACUCAAACUCGAUGGAUCCACACACCUCAAUAUCUUCUUUGCUAAUUCCUCUGAGGAAGAGCUGGCUGGAGUGGCGACCUGGCCGUGGGACAAGGAAGCCUUGAUGCAUCUAGGUGGCAUCGUGCUGAACCCUUCCUUCUACGGCAUCCCUGGCCACACACACACAAUGAUCCAUGAAAUCGGGCACAGCCUGGGGCUCUAUCAUGUCUUCCGGGGAAUCUCUGAGAUCCUCUCCUGCAGUGACCCGUGCAUGGAAACCGAGCCCUCCUUUGAGACUGGAGACCUCUGCGGCGACACCAACCCUGCUCCAAAGCACAAACUGUGUGGGGAUCCUGGACCUGGCAAUGACACGUGCGGUUUUCACAGUUUCCUAAACACACCGUACAGCAACUUCAUGAGCUAUGCAGACGAUGACUGCACCAAUUCCUUCACGCCCAAUCAGAUGGCAAGAAUGCACUGCUACUUGGAUCUGGUGUACCAGAGCUGGCAGCCUGUCAAGAAGCCCGCUCCAAUUGCCAUUGCCCCGCAGAUCGUGGACCGAACUUCGAACUCCAUCACUCUGGAGUGGUUUCCUCCCGUUGACGGUCAUUUCUUUGAAAGAGAAGUGGGAUCAGCAUGCGAUCUGUGUACAGAAGGAAGAGUCCUGGUGCAAUAUGCCUUCGGUGCCUCUUCACCAAUGCCAUGUGAUCCAUCUGGGCACUGGAGUCCACGGGAAGCAGAAGGUCACCCUGAUGUUGAGCAACCUUGUAAACCCAGUGUCAGGACUUGGAGUCCCAACUCAGGGGUCCACCAGCACACAGUACCGCCAGUCUGUCCCGAGCCCCAGGGCUGCUAUCUGGAGCUGGAGUUCCGCUAUCCCUUGAUCCCAGAGUCCCUCACGGUCUGGGUGACAUUUGUCUCCACGGAUUGGGACUCCAGCGGAGCAGUGAAUGACAUCAAGCUUCUAACCAUCAGCGGGAAGAACAUCUCUCUGGGGCCCCAGAAUGUCUUCUGCGACAUCCCUCUGACCAUCAAACUGAAUGCCAAGCAGGUGGGCGAGGAAGUGUACGGCAUCCAGAUCUACACCCUGGAUGAGCACCUGGAGAUUGAUGCGGCUAUGCUGAGCUCCAUCCCACGGAGCCUGCUGUGUGCAGACUGUAGACCCAUCCGGUACAAAGUGCUUCGGGACCCUCCCUUCCAGACUGGUUCUCCAUUUGUCAUCUCAAACCUCAGCAGGAGAUUCGUGGACACGGAGUUGAGUGAGAGCGUCGUGUAUACGUACCAGGUUGCAGUUAUUUCUGGGACAGAGGAGAGUGAACCCUCCCCCAUGACUCUAUAUACUCAUGGAAGUGGAUACUGUGGAGAUGGGAUUAUCCAAAAAGAUCUGGGGGAAGAAUGUGAUGACAUGAAUAAGAUCAAUGGCGAUGGCUGCUCCCUCUUUUGUCAGCAGGAGCUAUCCUUUAAUUGCCUUGACGAGCCCAGCAGGUGCUACUUCCAUGACGGUGAUGGUGUAUGUGAGGAGUUUGAGCAAAUGACCAGCAUCAAAGACUGUGGGGUUUAUACCCCCAAAGGCUUCCUGGACCAGUGGGCUUCCAACGUGUCAGUCUCUCAUCAUAGUGACCAGGGGUGCCCAGGCUGGGUGGUCAUUGGUCAGCCAGCAGCAACUCAGGUGUGCCGAACCAAGGUGAUGGACCUGAGUGAUGUGGUGUCUGAAUAUGCCUGGUAUCCCUGCACAGCCAACUUACCGUAUUCCCAUAUGACUCAGACCAUUUUCUGGCUAAAGGCAUAUUUUUCUCAGCCCAUGGUAGCUGCUGCUAUCAUUGUCCACUUGGUCACCGACGGAACACACUAUCUGGAUCAGAAGCAGGAAACUAUCACUGUGCAACUGUUUGACACCAAGAAGCAAAACCAUGAUCUUGGUGUCCACGUUCUGAGCUGCAGGAACAAUCCCCUGAUUAUCCCUGUGAUCCAUGACCUCAGUCACCCCUUCUACCACACCCAGGCUGUCCUCAUUAGCUUCAGCUCCCCGUAUGUGGCCAUCUCUGGGGUGGCCCUCCGUUCCUUCCACAACUUCGACCCCAUCACCAUCAGCAGCUGUCAAAGAGGACAGACCUACAGCCCGGCAGAGCAGAGCUGUGUCCACUACUCCUGCGAAGCCACUGACUGUCAGGAGCUGCAGAUUGAGAAUGCUGUGCUGAACUGCACCAGUGAGGAGCUCUACAGCGGUGCCCAGUGCAGUGUGAGUUGCAAGAUGGGCUACAUUCUGCAAGUUCAGCGAGACGAUGACCUCAUCAAGAGCCAGCUGGAGUCCAGCAUCACCGUGACUUGCACAGAUGGGAAAUGGAACAAACAGGUGGCCUGUGAACCAGUGGAUUGCGGCAUCCCGGACCAGUACCAUGUCUACCCAGCCACAUUCAACUGCAGUGAGGGUACCACCUUUGGAAAGAAAUGCUCUUUCAGUUGCCGACCUCCGGCCCUGCUGAAAGGAAACAACAGCAACUUGACGUGUAUGGAAGACGGGCUGUGGUCCUUCCCCGAGGCCCUUUGUGAGCUGAUGUGUCGAGCUCCAUCUCUAGUUCCCAAUGCAGAUCUCCAGACUGCCCGUUGCCGUGAAGAUAAGCACAAAGUGGGCUCCUUUUGCAAGUACAAAUGCAAACCGGGUUACCAUGUUCCUGGCUCCUCCAGGAAAGCAAAGAAGAGGGCCUUUAAGAUCCAGUGCAUGCAAGAUGGCACCUGGCUAGCUGGGGCGUGCGUGCCCGUCACCUGUGACCCUCCACCCUCGAAGUUCCAUGGGCUGUACCAGUGCACCAACGGCUUCCAGUUCAACAGCGAAUGCAGGAUCAAGUGUGAGGAAGACGACAAUCAAUCAGGCCGUGGUAACAACGUGAUUCACUGCCGGAAGGAUGGCACCUGGAGCGGCUCCUUUCACCUCUGCAAGGAGAUGCAGGGCCAGUGCUCUCUUCCCACUCAGCUCAACAGCAACCUCAAGCUGCAUUGUGCGCACGGCUAUGGAAUAGGAGCCGAAUGCACCACCUCGUGUCCGGAUCACAACGAGCCCAUCCUGCUGCGUGUGAACGAGACCAUACAAGACAUCCAGCACUGGAUGAACCCUCAACGAGUGAAGAGCGUUGUCUGCACAGCAGGACUCAAGUGGUAUCCACACCCAGCGCUGAUUCACUGCAUCAAAGCCUGCGAUCCUUUCAUGGGGGACAACUACUGUGAUGCCAUCAAUAACCGAGCCUUCUGCAACUAUGAUGGUGGGGACUGCUGCACCUCAACGGUCAAGACCAAAAAGCCUCCUGACCUGGCACAGAUUGCCAGCUUGCCCUUUGCCCGGCUGCGCUAUAAAGCUGCUUCUUGUUUGCAUACCACAACAUACAGAAAUAAGGUUAUUCCUUUCCCUAUGUCCUGUGACCUACAAGCAGAAUGUGCUUGCCUAGACCCCAACGCUCAAGAGAACAGUCAGAAGGAUGGACGCAGCUUCAGUCGCGGGUAACGUCCGGCAACACGGAACGGACGAUCGCACCGCUAAAGGCAGGCUCGGAGAGACACCACAUCCCUUUUUGGUAUUGUCUUUAACAUUUAGCUGCUCAACUGGAUGGCAUUUCUGCACCAGGGACCUUUAGAAUUCACCCAGUCUGCCUUUAAUUUUUGUCCAAGGAGAACUCAAAGUGGGGGGUUAUGUAUUAAGUAUAUCUUAAAUAGCAAAAACAACAAACAAGCAAAAACAAAGAGUCGAGUCAAGACUUUUAAGUAUCAAAACAGCAUGUGUUUAUGCAGUUGUGCGCCCACCUAAUUUGAACUGUUUGUAUCUAGAUCUAAGGCGAGAAACAAGCCAUAUAUAUAUAUACAAAUUUAUAGAGAUAAAUAGAGAGAUUGAGAUCAAAGCAAACACACUUUCCCCUCUCCAGUGCUCAUAACUCAGAGCAUUCAUGGAAGAGGCUGAGCUCUCAGAUGAAACCAGGCCAAGCCUAUAGUGAUGCUGAAUGCCAAGGUAUCUCAUGCCCAGGGCACUGAGGUUAGGAUGGGUUCACCACGGGACCGCACAUCUUGGCGAAUGUCUUUCCAAAUGGCCAGACGGCUGAAAUGUGGGUUGCAUUAUCUUGUCAUGGAAAUAUUACACCCAGGCUAGGAGCUUUGCAAACUGCACUGGGGUUUUCUGCGCGGCUCCACUGGCCUACAGCCAGCCUGCAAAUUGCAGCCGACACAUGGGAGAACUCCGAAAUGUUUGCUGGUGGGCAGACCGUCCCGUGGUGAAGCAAGGGCGGGUGCUAGCGAGUGGAUGGGCUGAGGAUUGGCAUUUACGUGUUAGGCUGGCACUGAGGAUUGGAGAUUAUUGCUCCUGAGGGAAUAGGGAGGGUAAAUCAAACCCCCAUACUUGUCGUUCGAGCAUGUCUGCUGCUGCUACUCCUGCUGCUAUGUCCCCUACAACUAGUUUCUUUACUGUGUCAGGACAGGGUGACAACAACCCCAAGCAACCAAACAAUCUGCCUUAAAGCUUACCUACAACCUGCCUUUCAGACCCUCUGGUUUUUUCCUCAGCACUGGGGCAAGAAAUCAGGACACCAGCCAGCCAAAGAGAUUUGCUGCUUUACCUCCAGCUAGCCAAUGGUUCUGCUUACACCUCCCCUUUGGUAUGUGUGUCUAUUAUAUUGAACAAUCUCUUCGUGCUCCUGUUGGCGCGGGAGAGGAGAGGCAGAGCGUGCAAAGGCACAAGCCGAGGGGAAAGAAUGGCUGGGGACAGUAUUCGAGUUUUGAACCCAGUGUGUCAGUAUUAAAUUCCCAGGCCUGUGGGCGAUCCAGCCCACACAGCUACUUCAGAGCAGGAGAUCAGCUGCUUGGAAUCUUCCAAAAGGAAGGGCAUUAAGAGAGGCUACCCUCACACCUCCCAUCUGCCCCCUCCUCCCCACCUCCAGUUCUGGUCCUGAAAGGUGCACUUUCCACCGGCUGCUCAGUCAUUUCUUAAUUGGGAUUCAGCAUCCUCUGGUUGCUCAGAUCCCAUUGAGUCGAUCUGAUACCCAACGGAGCCAGUGCGGACAUUGCUGCUACAACCCACUCCAAACAUAUCCCUAAAGUCUGCACACUAAUGGCUGGAUUUGCAUCCAGGGCUCCUAUUGACAAUAACGCCUUCCUGAAAGGGUUAAUCUCCCCUUCUGCAGGGCUUUAAAAUGGGCUCAAGCGAGAGGCAGGUCUAACGUUGCCUGAUAAGGGAAUGGCAGUGGCAUUUUAGAGCUUGGGCAGCUCAUUUAAGUGCAUUCACAAGGGCCACGGGGCCAG